CUUGCCAAUAUUUUCGUCACUGUUUUGUUGUCAACCAGCGCAAAAUUGGACUUCUGAAAUGCUUAGGGAUGUUUUUGAAAAGCUAUGGACAAUAAAUAAAUGGCCAGUCUCAGUGUAUAAUGUUGCUUUCGUUCGUUUUUGCCUUUGACAGAAGACACGUCCCGCUUUUCCGCUUAUUCACUGAUGCGUAACGCUAUUUGGCCAUGCAGAGCUAAACAAAACAAAACGCGAGUGGUCUGCGAAAAGUGGCCAGUUGAGUCGAAGCUGAUCGGAGAUCAUGAACAAGACGUUGAGAAAGUCGCAGUCUCUGCGCUGCUGCUCUGUCCUGGAGGUGAAGAGUAAAUAUGGUGCAGAGUUUAGGAGGUUUUCCCUUGAUCGAUCAGAGCCUGGGAAAUACAAAGAUUUCCAUAGGCUCCUUGUGCAUUUACAUCACUUGUGGAAAAUUGAUGUCCUUAUUGGCUAUGCAGAUGUUCAUGGAGAACUGUUGCCAAUCAAUAAUGAUGACAAUUUCGUCAAAGCGGUGACCUCCACACGAUCUUUAUUGCGCAUCUUCAUUCAGCUACAAGAGGAUGCUGACCAGGGUAACAUAAGUGCUGGAAGCAUGAUAAAACGAAAGAAAUCUCCGGCAGCAUCGCGUGGCGAUGUCAGCCACAGAAAAUCUCAGUUUCAUAUCAGCAUGCCGCACAACUUCCGCCCUGUUUCCUCCAUAAUUGACGCGGACAUCUUGCCAGAAUGCCACCGAAGAGUCCGUCUGUACCCCCAGGGCUCGGACAGACCUCUGGGAUUUUAUGUCCGUGAUGGUACUACAGUAAAAGUUACUCCCUAUGGUUUGGAAAAAUUGCCAGGCAUUUUUAUCUCACGCAUAAUACCUGGUGGCCUGGCCGAGAGCACAGGACUUCUGGCCAUCAAUGAUCAGGUCCUGGAGGUAAAUGGUAUUGAAGUUAUGGGGAAGUCUUUGGACCAGGUGACUGACAUGAUGAUUGCCAACAGUCACAACCUUAUCAUCACAGUAAAACCUGCAAACCAGCAUAACAACAUAAGAAGAAAAAGCUGCGUUUCUUCAAGCUCAAGGCUCUGUCUUAAUAGCAUGGACUCCGUCAGCUACCCAGGUCUACCAAUGAUAAUGAAAGCUUAUGGCUUGACAGGUAAUGGGUCUGAGAGUGAAGAUGAUGCAGAUGUGAUUGUAGAGAGGCCCAUUAAAUGCGCAUCCCGCCACUCCAGUGCUUCUAAACCCUCUUAUAUCUCUCAUCCAAAUGUUUAUGCUCCUUCCAAGCCUCAAGUUUCUGCUAGACAGCGCAGCUCGUUAAUUUCCGCAUCUUCCUAUCGCUCUCAGCCUUGCCUCAACUCUACAGCUUAUGCUGAACAAGACCUUUCGCUUCGCAGGCACCUGAUCUCUCAGCAGCAUUAUGGCUAUUAUCCAGCCAUCAGGCAGGGAAGGUCAAGUGCCAGCACCCAUGACAUUCUAGACACAUGGCACAUAGAUCUAAGUCAACAUUUGAUUUUGCCCCAGGGGGCAAUGGAAGAAGAUGGAAUUGUUGUCAUUUUGUGAAGACCUUGUAUAACUACACCACCCAUGUUACCCAUCCUGCACUUUACACUUUUUAAAUGACUCUGAGUAACAUAUACAGUAUGUAAUUUAUUUGUUGACAUUUUGCAUCUAAUUCGUAUACACCACUUAAUGGGUCCCACUGCAGUGAAUGGACUUUUUCUGUCAUUUGUGACAACUUGAUUCAAAUUUAGUUCAACAGAGAUCACAUUUUUAGAAACCGCAAGUAUUAGCCAAUGAAGGAUUUAAAGUUGAGCAUGAAUAUAUACGUAUAUAUACAAUGUAUUUAAAAAUAUAAGAAUGCUGAUUACUUUUAAGAUUUCUUUAUUAUUUAACAUGACCUCUGGGUUUGGAAACUACAGUUUUAAAACUCCAUGAUGCUGUACUGUUUUUGUGACCGUGGAAACUGCUGUUUGCUUGUCUGGUUUUACCUAUAUUUUACCAUUACUUAUAUUAAAAAUGUAAGCAAUAGAAGAACCUUUUUUACAUGUAUGGUGUGAUAAAGAACCUAUUAACAUCUGAAGAACCAUUCUGUCUCACUUUCUAGUAAAAGAAAAGGUUCUUUAGAUGUAAAUCUUGGAUGAAAGAUUUUUUUGGGGAACCAAAAAUGGUUCUUCUAUGGUAUCGCUGUGAAGAACCUUUUGUAACACCAUGAUUUUUAAGAGUAUUAAAACUUUAAAGAUUAUUGUAGAUUCAAAAUAUGGUAUAAGUAAAAGAAGUUUGUUUGAUACAUACACAUGCUAAGAUGAGUCACUUUAUGAAAAAUAAUAAUCUACCAUCUAAAUAUCAAAAACUUUAUUUAUAAUCUGCAUUGUUACCAUCAAAAUAAAGUCAGGUUAAUACAUAUGCA